AGAAACGGUGCUUGGUUGUUGACAUCCGGUGUCAGUUUCACAUUUUUUGAUUCUGUGUUUUUGUGUCUCCCAGAGAAAGGCUUCGAUCCACCCUUAAGACACCAGCUGCCGCCGUCGUCCCCGGACACCAAAGCAACCAUGCACAGACGAGGCAUUGGCGUGGCUGCCGUCAAGAACAAGAACUUAGCUCAGGCACGUUACAAAGACAAAGGAAAUGUCAUUGCUGAAGACCAACUGGCUCAGAUGGCCAAAUACAUGGAUACGUUCAAAGUGAAUUUAGAAGAGUUUGCCAGCAACCAUAAAGACCAAAUUAAGAAAGAUCCAGAAUUCCGUGUCCAGUUUCAAAAGAUGUGUGCCUCGAUCGGUGUCGAUCCCUUAGCAUCAAGUAAAGGAUUCUGGUCAGAAAUGUUGGGUGUUGGAGAUUUCUAUUACGAAUUAGCUGUGAAGAUUGUGGAGGUGUGCAUGGCUACUAGUCAUCGUAACGGAGGUCUUAUUGGUCUGGAAGAACUGAAAGACAAACUGGAAGCAUCAAGGGGCAAAAACACACAAGAAAUUAGUCUAGACGACCUCCUUUGUGCAAUCAAAAAACUGAAGACCCUUGGCAAUGGUUUCACCAUUCUUCCCAUUGGCAAAACCUAUUUAGUGCAGUCCGUGCCUGGAGAAUUGACUAUGGACCAUACCACAGUGUUGCAACUAGCACAGAAAAAUGGUUUUGUAACAAUCAGUUUGAUAUCAGGAACACUUAACUGGGAGAAAGAAAGGGCCAUUAAAUCUUUGGAGUACAUGGUGAAAGAAGGCUUGGCCUGGGUUGAUGACCAAGCAAAGGAUGAACGCCACUACUGGUUCCCCACCCUUUGUCCAGACUCACUCUAACAACUCUCUCUCUCUCUUUCCCUCUCUUUCAGCGUGCCACCUUCUUUUCUUCUUUAUUCUCGUCUCCUCUUCUCUUUCUCUAUUUAUGAUCUGUGCAUGAUAUAUAUAUGUAUGUGUGUGUGUGUGUGUGUGUCCACAUGUCGCGUGAAUGUGUCGUGUGUUUGCAGGCUUCUCUCUGUUUCCCUUUUUGACUCUCUCUCUCUUUCGCAGCCUCACUUCUCCUCCUCCCUCUCUCACUCUCUCUAUUUCUCCCACUCCCUCCCUCUCUCUCUUUCUCUUCCCCCCUCCCCCCGCUACUAUUCAAUCUCAACAAAUAAAUUUAUUUUUCAUAGUUUC